AUGUGGACCAGUCACAGAGGUGGAAGAUCAAGAGCUCUUUUGGAGAUAUUGGCCUUACUUAUAGAGACGAUGAGACCAUUGCUUAUGUUGCUUCCAGAAUGCCAGCUGUCUUCUCUGCUUGUCACAGAGUACUCAAAGAGGUAUGGAUUCAAGGAUUUAUGUUGUAAAUUUGAUAAAUUUGUGUUCUUGUAUGCUAUAAGUGAAUGUGUUUGUGUUGUUGUUGUUCGACAAGUUUGUACAAUGCUGCCAGGUUUUUCUCCUGCUAAAGUGUUGGAUUUUGGUGCUGGCACGGGUUCGGCUUUCUGGGCACUACGAGAAGUCGGGCCGAAUUCCUUGGAGAAAGUUAACUUAGUAAAGCCAUCACAAUCAAUGCAGCGUGCAGGCCAGAGCCUUAUACAAGGUCAGAAGAACUUAACACUUAUUCACAGUUAUGCUACCCUCCAAUCAAUGACUAAAAGCAUCAACAAAUCAGAGAGAGAACAUGACCUUGUAAUUGCUUCCUAUGUGCUUGGAGAGAUACCAUCGUUGAAGGAUCGAAUUACUGUAGUACGCCAACUUUGGGAUCUUACGUGGGAAGUCCUGCAAAAAAUACUCUUAUCAAGUGCAGGGAAGAAAACGGUGGAGUACACAGUGCCAUUAGUAGAGAAGACUAAAGACAUGGCCAUGUUUGCAGGUAAGACCACUCUGCAUUAUGUUGGUCAUGUUGCGGUGGAUUUGAAGGACAAGGCCACUGUGGUAGGUUGGACUGCAGCACACUACGCAACUGAGGCAGCAGUGGAGGGAACCAAAGCAGCUGCAAGGUUGGAGCUCAAAUGCACAGCAAGGAGGGCAGGAAUGGAGCUCAAAUGCACAGCAAGGGAGGCAGGGGGGAUACUAGAACAUGAUCUACUUAGUGUUUAGUUGUAGAACAGACUAAAUCUUUUGUUAAUACAAUGAUCAUUUCAACUAUAUUUUCUAUGCUUUUGAAUUUAGUACUUAAAUAACGUUGUGUUAGUUCCA